GCGCGCGGGGGUUGCGUCGGAGGCGCGGAUUCGUUGCGGGGAGAUACUCGCCGAGAUCGCUCAGAGUCCGGGCGUCCUUCGCGGGGGAACAUGUGGAUCAUUCUUCCUCUUUGUGGGAUCUUCAUAGCAAGUUCAGCUGCAGAGUCCCCCAAGGAUCAGCCCCAUGACCCUUUCAAUUAUGACUACCAUUCGCUGAGAGUUGGAGGCCUGGUGUUUGCAGUUGUCCUGUUUCUGCUUGGCAUCCUCAUUAUCCUUAGCCGGCGCUGUCGGUGCAAGUUCAACCAGCAGCAAAGGACGGGGGAACCUGAUGAAGAGGAGGGAACUCUGCGCAGCUCGAUCCGGCGUUUAUCCACUCGGAUGAGAUAGAAGACAUCCAGAACUGGGAGCUGCACGUCGUCCCCCUGGAUCCAGAGCGCCCCCUCCUUUGUUCUGCCUGGCCUUAAUUCUCCCAGCAAGGCCCCAUUGCUUGCAACAACUCCAGUGAAUUCCAGAACUGGUUGCCUCUGGGGUCAUCCCAAUCCAACUGAGCCCCACCAAGGCCUUCCCCAUCUGUUCUGGCUUGCUGCUUGAAGUCCACUACCCCUCAGAAAGAGAGGGCAGCCAUCUAACCAUUGGCCUUCAGCCAGGUUCUAGUGAUCAUGAGGGGUUCUAAAUCUUGAGCUAAGCUCAAGCUGCUUGACAGUGUAGCCCUUUCUGAGCCCUUCUCCCUUAAAAAGCCCUCCUUGGGCUUAUGAAAAUAAAAAUUCCUCGAGUUCCUUCUUCUCCUGAUGGCUGCAUCCAUGCAGUUCUUUUGGCAGGUUUAGGGACUUGGUUUACUGUUGCCUUCUUCCAGGUUGUUUCUCAAGUUCUUAGUCUAGCUUGCUCUCCUGGGUUUCACAGAUGGUCCCCCAUUCAGUACUAACCAUGACCGCUACUAUGAGAUCAAUCUGGGACUCCCACCAAGGCAAUAGUUCUAAAAAGAACAGAAAUUGUGAGAGAUCCAGUUCCCUCCUUCUUUCCGUAUUACCAAAGAAAGGGACAAAUGAAGUUCUUCUGGCGUAGGAUGUUAUUUCAUUGGCUUUCACCAUUGUCAAUUAUGCCAUUUGAGAUCACACAGCCAAUUUGGAUUGUAUUCAUAGAAGGAAACAAGUCUGGGAGGGGGAACUUCCCAAAACCACCCUUGUGCCUCUGUGCCUUUCCUUAAUAUUGUGGAUGGACUGAUUAUUGCCAUGAAGUUGACAUUGACUCUUAACAACCACAUAGAAGGACCUUCUCCAAGACGAUCCUUAAUUGUAGGUGUGACUAAAUCAAUAUGCAAAGAAGCGGAUGUAGGAUUGAUAGCUGUGUUCAGUAGCAAGCCUCUUUUCACUAGCAGUGGUUCUUUCUGUUAGUUCCGGAACAGGAUUUUAGGGUACACAGUUGGCUUUUAAAGGUAGGAAGGGAGAUUUUUCCCAUUGAAAAUGGCAAGAGUUUGGUGGUUCUCCCCAUUGCAAGAUGGUAGAUGUUUUUCCUAUCAGUUUGUUCUCACAACCCAGCCACUGGACAAGGAUUAUUCUAGCUUACCUGUACAAGUAUGGGAGAAGGCAAGGAGAGUACCAGAAUCACCUUCCCCAGAUGCCUUGAUUAUUAAUUCCCAGCCCAGCAUGACCAAAUGCAUGCAAUGAAUGCCAGGGGAAGAAAGGCUAUUGGAACGGGCAAGUAACUACAUUGUUGGACUUAAGUUAUUUAAAGACGCUACCAAGACCUCCAGACAAUGGUGUGGUGGAAGAAGCUAGGCCUGAAAUAAGUUUAAUGUACUUCUAGGUCAACUUCUGAAUGGGUAGCCAGCAAAAAUUUUUGGGAUGGCCUUGCACAGAAUCUCUCGAACCCAGUAUUAUCUGCAGCCCAGGGUCUCAGACAGUUGCCUUUCCCCUUUUCUGUUGCUGGAGUGUUGCCCUGCAAUUUUCUGCAGAUCUUUUCUCAAGGGAUGUGAUCUCAUCAACAGAUCCACCCAGCUGAUGAGCUCUCGACGAGCUUUGCAGUGCGGAGGUGCAAAAGCUUGUCUUUGUAGAAAUCUGCCGGCGAAGGGCAAAUUCCCUCUCUUUUCUGUGGCUGGGCAAGGACAACAGUAGCUCCCUCUGAGUGCAGAUGAAAGGGCUAUUUGAGCCCAUAUGGAAGGAAGAGUUCAAAGGGGAGAAGGGAGCUGGUGAGACAGAGGGACGAUGGUCUCUUGGAAGUGAUGAUAAAUAAUGCAAUCUUAAUAGUUAGGCUGACAGUGAUUGCGCAGUUCCCUAAGGGCCUGUGGUUUUUAAUAGCGGGAGCCAGAGAUGUAGUCAGAAAUCUUCAUUUUCUCUUUGGCUGCUGGAGCGGGAGUUUCUAACAUCAUCAAAUGUGUGAUGACCCACGGGUGUAAUACAGAAGGAUAAUCGGGGAUUUGUCUUAUUUGAAGUAAGCAGCGUUAUUAAGAAAAUUAAUUGCUGCCGGUGUCAGCUUGGAAGGUGGAAAGGAUGUGACCUUGGCUUUGGAGUCUCUCCUCCUGCCCUUUUUUCAGCCAUGGAUUUGAUCCUGCUGGCUGGGGAUUGUAACGUUUGGAAGUCCAGCCAAACUGGAGCCAUCAUGCUGGGGGAGGCUGAUGUGUCCUGCCAAUGUAUGGCUUGGUGUGUUGCCCGCGUGGAGAAUCUCCAGCCCUAAUCUGGCCUGUGAAGGCCCAAUGCUGGGUAAGGCACGCAGGCAGGCAUUUGUUUCCAGUCUUCUGAAGCAGUGGCACCUCCAGAGUCCUGGGACUUCAGUGGGUGGAGCUUCAGAGAAAGGGUGGAGUUUCAAAGUGCCUGCCGCCCUGUCUUCUGACCUCAUACGAUGGGCGUCUGUAGGAGCUCAUUGCUUUUGUCAAAAUGACAGAAGCCGCUUUGCACCACUGUGCCACAAGCUCCACCCCUUUUGAACAUGCUGGUGAUGUCAUGAUACAUUGCAAAAGGGGUGGGGCUUCUGUGCCAACGUGGCUUUGUCCUUCUCGCCCUGCUCCGCAGAUGCGACCGCAUCGUACCAAGGCUAACCAAGCACAUUUGGCUUCCUGAGUCAGAUGAGGAAAUUGACACCUUGACUGGCCCCAAACUGAUAAAGGGUUUUAGCAGAGCCAUGCAGAAAAAUCUGGCUGGAUAUAAAAAUCCCCUUCUCAGCUUGCAAUCCGAUCCAGUCGAGAAUGCAGCUAAUCAGUGUUCUGGCAGAUGAUAGCUCCAGCCCCAGUAGAGAGAUUGCUGCCUGUGAUGUGGACCCAAAUCUUUUACUUCUGCUUGUAGCCCUUCUAAACCUGGCUAGGUUUAAUUCAACAGUGAUGACAGUGGAGUGAAAGCGUGGAUGACUCACCCAUAGGAAUCCUGGGUGAAGUUAAGUCUUGGACCACUGGAUGAAUUUUUCCCGUGGAGCACUUUGGCUUCUCUCCAGCAGAGGGCAGCACCACUAACCAUCACCUGCCAAAGUUCAUUGGGCUGAAGAUUGACUCUGUGUGACCCUGGUCUGCCCAAGUGAUGUUACUUCCAUUAGCGCGAUCCUCCAUGUAAAAAAGCCUUUCUUGAAUCGAGCUUCAUGGUUCAUCUGUUUCUACUUUUGAUCCUUGGGGCAAGUGCUUUUUGUAACCUGAAAAUGCUACGCGGCAGGUCGGUUUUGAUCCGGUAUGAGUGCCCAAUCACAGGUGCACAAAUGGGGAAUCUGGUUGGGCGCGGGAACCUCAUUGCAGUCCUGUUUCCUUUCUGGGAGUCACCCCAGUUCUCUUUUGCUCAUGAAAAGGCUAGUGAAAUGAACUGAUGCAAGGGGAAGCACGUGUUGGUGCCUAGAUGUUUAACGUAUGCAUUCAUUCAGUGGCUUCCUUCAAGUUUUGCAGAUCAUUUACAUGUGAGAUCUGGGCCUUUCCGUUGUAUGGAAAACAGGCCACAUGCCAAGCACCCAAGUGGUGGUUGAAUGCUUAGGAGGAAUCUUUCCAGAUUUUGCUUUCCUCCUGGCCGAUUAAAGGUGUUUCCAAAUGUCACUUUUUUCCUGCGCUUGCAGAGUUAUAACUAAAAUAUUGGCACGGUGGGCAGCCUUCUAGCACAAGAGCCAAUGCCCUGGAAUUGCAGAGAUCAGGCAAAAUGAUCAAAUGAAGCAGAUCAAACAAUAUGGAAAAUGUGUACAAACCCAUACUAAAUAAGAACUUUUAAUGGGAAAAGGCAUGGGGGAACAACGGAAGGAGCUGAAGAUGUUAUAAAGGGGCUUUGUUUUUAUGCAGUUGGCUUUGUCAUGCUUUCUAAUUGCCCUUUACAAUCAAUGAAUUAAUUUUCUUUAGCUCUGAACAGUCCCCUUAAACGAGCGGGGAACAUUAAAAUCAGUGAAGAAAGAA